AUUUAACCAACACGACGUGUGAAUUAAAUGCAGCGCACGAAAAUGUCGGGAAAAAUAAAGUGUAUAUUUUUUAGUGAAUUUCACAUAAAAGCUGGACCAAAGAUAACUUACCAGGUUCCUGAGGAUUAUCUUACUAAAGAACACUUUGAUGCGAUUCAUGUAUAUAUCAUAACAAAACCAGAAUUACAGACAAGAUUGAUUACAGUAAAUUCUUUAGGUCACAAGGUUGUUGGAUGUCCAGUGUGCAUUGAAGACAAAAAAUAUGACAGGAAUGAACUGAUAUUUAACUGUUGCUUUGUAUUUGACACGGACACUCGAACAGCAAGAUAUGAACCUGUUGUAAAGAAACUGGCAUCUUACUUAACACAACUGGAGUUACCAAAACCAAACACACUACCCCCAAAAUUGAAACUUAUACAGUUUGGUCUGAAAAACAAGAUUAUCAGAAGAUUGCAUGGGUACCCAGUCAAAUUACCAAGUGAUGUGAGAUUGUCACCUAGAGUACAAACAUUAUCCAAGUGGUUGAAUGGAACACACAGUCUUGAUGAAAUAAGUUGUAAAUCUGGUUUAAACUAUAAAGAAUUGGAUGAGAUUAUUGAAAAUGACCCUAGUGUUGUUGUCUGUUGGAAGUGACAUAGUUUAUGCUCACCUAUAUUAAAACAUUGCCAAGCACAGGACAGUUAAGAAUUUUAUACAGUCAUAGUCUGUGAUAUUUUGCAGCUGGUGGCAACAGUAUUAAAGGGACUUGAUCUGCACAGGAGUAGAGGCAGGUCAGCUACCUGUUAUAUUUGAUGUUUAGUGACAUUUGGAAAAAAAAGAGACCAAUUGUUUAUUUCAGAAAAAGUCUGUCAUUUAAAUAGUUAAGUGUAUAGUUAAUUAAAUAGUUAAGAUGUUCAAGGGUGAUUUCCAAAAGAAAGUCCAAUUGAAAGAUGAUAAAAAAAGAACAAGAUUUUUCUCAGUUAUGCUGUCAGACAUAGGUCAUUGUUUGAUUUUGCUAGAUGUUGCAGGGACUACUUUUUACUUCAUGAAGUGUCUGCUGCUAAUGAAGUCGGGGAACAUAUUUUCUGGAACUGUAAGACAGAAUUCCCCAAAUUCAGUUUGACCAGAACAUAAAUGAAUGAUUGUUGUAUCUGAAAAAUGCAUCUAUAAAUCAAUGUAAACAUUUCUUUUCAAGAGAACAAUUAUUAAACCUUACCCUGCCAAAUUUUUAGCUCACCUGUCACAUAGUGACAAGGUGAGCUUUUGUGAUCACGCAGCGUCUGUCGUCUGUCUAUCCGUAAACUUUUGUUUGUGACCACUCUUGAGGUCACAUUUUUCGUGGGAUCUUCAUGAAAGUUGGUCAGAAUGUUCAUCUUGAUGAUAUCUAGGUCAAGUUCGAAACUUGGUCACAUGCCAUCAAAAACUAGGUCAGUAGGUCUAAAAAUAGAAAAACCUUGUGACCUCUCUAGAGGCCAUAUAUUUCAUGAGAUCUUCAUGAAAAUUGGUCAGAAUGUUCACCUUGAUGAUAUCUAGGUCAAGUUCGAAAGUGGGUCACGUGCCUUCAAAAACUAGGUCAGUAGGUCAAAUAAUAGAAAAACCUUGUGACCUAUCUAGAGGCCAUAUUUUUCAUGGGAUCUGUAUGAAAAUUGGUCUGAAUGUUCAUCUUGAUGUUAUCUAGGUCAAGUUUGAAAGUGGGUCACGUGCCUUCAAGAACUAGGUCAGUAGGUCAAAUAAUAGGAAAACCUUGUGACCUCUCUAAAGGCCAUAUUUUUCAUGGGAUCUGUAUGAAAGUUGGUCUGAAUGUUCAUCUUGAUGAUAUCUAGAUCAAGUUCGAAACAGGGUCAUGUGCAGUCAAAAACUAGGUCAGUAGGUCUAAAAAUAGAAAAACCUUGUGGCCUCUCUAGAGGCCAUACUUGUGAAUGGAUCUCCAAAAAAAUUGGUCAGAAUGUUCAUCUUGAUGAUAUCUAGGUCAAGUUGGAAAGUGGGUAACGUGCCAUCAAAAAGUAGGUCAGUAGGUCAAAUAAUGAAAAAACGUUGUGACCUCUCUAGAGGCCAUAUUUUUCAUGGGAUCUGUAUGAAAGUUGGUCUGAAUGUUUAUCUUGAUGAUAUAUAGGUCAAGUUUGAAACUGGGUCAACUGCGAUCAAAAACUAGGUCAGUAGGUCUUGAAAUAGAAAAACCUUGUGACCUCUCUGGAGGCCAUGCCCUUGAAUGGAUCUUCAUGAAAAUUGGUCAGAAUGUUCACCUUGAUGAUAUCUAGGUCAGGUUUGAAACUGGGUCACGUGCCUUAAAAAACUAGGUCAGUAGGUCAAAUAAUAAAAAAAAACCUUGUGACCUCUCUAGAGGCCAUACUUUCUAUGGGAUCUGUAUGAAAAUUGGUCUGAAUGUUCAUCUUGAUGAUAUCUAGGUCAAGUUUGAAACUGGGUCAACUGCGGUCAAAAACUAGGUCAGUAGAUCUAAAAUUAGAAAAAUCUUUUGACCUCUCUAGAGGCCAUAUUUUUCAAUGGAUCUUCAUGAAAAUUGAUCUGAAUGUUCACCUUGAUGAUAUCUAGGUCAGUUUCGAAACUGGGUCACGUGCGGUCAAAAACUAGGCCAGUAGGUAUAAAAAUAGAAAAAAAGAAAAAUAGAAAAACCUUGUGAGGCCAUAUUUUUCAUGAGAUCUUCAUGAAAAUUAGUGAGAAUGUUCACCUUGAUGAUAUGUAGUUAAAAUUCAAGACAGGGUCACAUACCUUCAAAAACUAGGUCAACAGGUCAAAUAAUAGAAAAACCUUGUGACCUCUCUAGAGACCAUAUUUUUCAAUGGACCUUCAUGAAAAUUGGUCAGAAUUUUUAUCUUGAUAAUAUCUAGGUCAAGUUCAAAACUGGGUCACAUGAGCUCAAGAACUAGGUCACUAUGUCAAAUAAUAGAAAAAAACGACGUCAUACUCAAAACUGGGUCAUGUGGGAAGAGGUGAGCGAUUCAGGACCAUCAUGGUCCUCUUGUUAUUUAAAGGGGACUUCCCUAAAAAUUUACUGACUCAAUAGCGAACAGUGUAGACCAUGAUCAGACUGCAUGGAUGUGCAGGCUGAUCUUGGUCUGCACUGUUCGCAAAGGCAAAAUCAUUUCCCCCCCCCCGGCUAAAGGUUAAAAAGUAUUCCAGUGCUGAUCAUGGCAGAUGACUGGAGUUCCCACUACUAUACUGUCUUACCUGAUGAUUAAAUACUUGUUUAUGUUUCAAUACAAUAUGUUAACUUCCAGUAAACUAGAGGAAGUAGUUUGUAGCUGUAUGUAUUAUGAUAUGAAUGUUUUUCUAUAAACCAUUACAGAACCAUUGUGCCACCUAAUCUCACAGUCUGAGAGCUCAUUGUUGGUAUCCAUGCGUAGUUGUCUGUACAAAUCACUAUCAGAAAAAAAAAGUUAUUUAACCUGCUUUACUUGUAUAGCCCAUUUGUCAGUUUUCAUGGCAUUGUACAAGUGAACAGCUCACCAACAAAAACUUGUGUAAUUAUACCCCCACAAAACAAAGUUUGGGGGGGUAUAUAGGAGUGAGCUUGGCGGUCGGUCGGUCCGUUGGUUUUGCAUGGUUUCCGGAUGAUAACUCAAGAAAGGAUUGACCAAUUGAAAUAAUGUUUGGUACACAGGUGUAACAUCAGAAAAUACAGGUCAAGUUCGAAUUUGGGGUCAGUAGGUCAAAGGUCAAGGUCACAGUGACCCUGAACAGUUAAGCGGUUUCCGGAUGAUAACUUGAGAACGCUUGGGCCUAGGAUCACAAAUUUUGGUACACAGAUGUAACAUCUUGAAAUGCAGGUCAGGUUCGACUUUGAGGUCUGUAGGUCAAAGGUCAAGGUCACAGGGACUCGGAACAGUUAAAUGGUUUCCGGAUGAUAGCUUGAGAACGCUUGGGCGUAGGAUCAUAAAUUUUGGUACACAGGUGUAACAUCAUGAAAUGCAGGAUAAGUUCGACUUUGAGGUCUGUAGGUCAAAGGUCAAGGUCACAGGGACUCGGAACAGUAAUAUGAUUUCCGGAUGAUAACUUGAGAAUGCUUGGGCCUAGGGUCAUAAAUUUUGGUACACAGGUGUAACAUCAUGAAAUGCAGGUCAAGUUCAACUUUGAGGUCUGUAGAUCAAAGGUCAAGGUCACAGUGACUCAGAACAGUUAAAUGGUUUCCAGAUGAUAACUUGAGAACGCUUGGGCCAAGGAUCAUAAAUUUUAGUACACAGGUGUAACAUCAUGAAAUACAGGUCAAGUUCUACUUUGAGGUCAGUAGGUCAAAGGUCAAGGUCACAGUGACUUGGAACAUUUAAACGGUUUCCGGAUGAUAACUUAAGAAUGCUUGGGCCUAGGAUCAUGACAAUUGAUAGGGAGGUUGGUUAUGACUAGCAGAUGACCCCUAAUGAUUUUGAGGUCAGUAGGUCACAGGUCAAGGUGACAGUGACCCGGAACAUUUAAACAGUUUUCGGACAAUAACUUGAGAAUGCUUGGGACUAGGAUCAGGAAACUUAAUCUGGAGGUUGGUCAUGUCAGGCAGAUGACCCAUAUUGAUUUUGAGUUCCAAAGGUCAGAGGUCUUUUAAACCUUUUACGGACAAUAACUUGAGAACACUUGGGCGGAGGAUCAUGAAACUUCAUAGGGAGGUUGGUCAUAACUAGCAGAUGACCUCUGUUGAUUUUGUGGUCAGUAGGUCAAAGGUCAUGCAAGUUCGGCUUUGACAUUGGCUUAGUUCUGUGACAAGACCAUAUUGUGGGGAUAUAAUUUGUCACUCUUGUGACAACUCUAGUUUUUAAUUGCUUUAGCAGCAUUAAAUCAGUUUCCUCAAAGGUACUUGCAAUCUAUGUUUACUGUUGAUGAUUCAAUGUCAUUCCAGCCAGCAUAAAAUACAAAGGUGUUUUGCAAUGUCGUUCAUGCACUUUGAUGGUAAGGAAAAUGUGAGACUUGAAGGACUGGUAUGCUUUUAGCUCACCAGAGCACAAAGUGCUCAAGGUGAGCUGUUGUGAUUGCUCACCGUCCGGCGUCCGGCAGUACUUUCCUUUAAACAGCAUCUCCUCCUUAACCACCUUGCUAAUUUUUAGCUCACCUGAGUCAACAAUUUGACUGUUAACACUCUAGAGGUCACAAUUUUGGCCCAACCGUAAUGAAACUUGGUCAGAAUGUUACCCUCAAUAAAAUCUUGGACAAGUUCGAUAUUGGGUCAUCUGUGGUCAAAACUAGGUCACCAGGUCAGAUCAAAGGAAAAGCUUUUUGACACUCUGGAGGUCACAAUUUUGGCCCAAUCUUAAUGAAACUUGGUCAGAAUGUUACCUCAAUAAAAUCUUGGAUGAGUUUGAUAUUGGGUCAUCUGGGUUAAAAAACUAGGUCACCAGGUCAAACCAAAGGAAAAGCUUGUUAACACUCUAGAGGUCACAAUUUUGGCCCAAUCUUAAUGAAACUUGGUCAGAAUGUUACCCUCAAUAAAACUUUGGACGAUUUUGAUAUUGGGUCAUCUGGGGUCAAAAACUAGGUCACCAGGUCAAUUCAAAGGUGAAAGGUUGUUAACACCGAAGAGGCCACAUUUAUGACUGUAUCUUCAUGAAACUUGGUCAGAAUGUUAAUCUUGAUAAUCUUUAGGUCCAGUUUGAAUCUGGCUCAUGUGGGGUCAAAAACUAGGUCACCAGGUCAAAUCAAAAGAAAAGCUAGUUAACACUCUAAAGGUCACAUUUAUGACCAUAUCUUAAUAAAACUUGGUCAGAAUGUUAAUCUUGAGAUCAGGAUCAAAUCUUGGUCAGGUGGGGGUCAAAAACUAGGUCACUUGGUCAGAUCAAAGGAAAAGCUUGUUAACACUCUAGAGGCCACAUUUAUGACUUUAUUGUCAUGAAACUUAGUCAGAAUGUUAAUCUUGAUGAUCUUUAGGUCAAGAUCGAAUGUGCAUCAUGUGGGGUCAAAAACUAGGUCACUUGGUCAAAUCAAAGGAAAAGUUAGUUAGCACUUUAGAGGCCACAUUAAUGACCAUAUCUUAAUGAAACUUGGUCGGAAUGUUAAUCUUGAUGAUCUUUAGGCCAACUUUAAAUCUGGGUCAGGUGGGGUCAAAAACUAGGUCACCAGGUCAAAUCAAAGGAAAAGCUAGUUAACACUGUGUAAGCCACAUUUAUGACCGUAUCUUAAUGAAACUUGGUCAGAAUGUUAAUGUUGAUGAUCUUUAGGUCAAGUUUAAAUCUGGGUCAGGUGGGGUCAAAAACUAGGUCACCAGGUCAAAUCAAAGGAAAAGCUUGUUAACACUCUAGAGGCCACAUUUAUGACCAUAUCUUAAUGAAACUUGGUCAGAAUGUUAAUCUUGAUGAUCUUUAGGUCAAUAGGUCAGGUGAGCGAUACAGGGCCUUCAUGGCCCUCUUGUUAUGAAACUUCACAGGGAUGUUCCUUGGAUGGUCUUCUUUAAGAAUUAAUGAAAAGAAUUGAAUUCCAUGUAGAACUCUGGUUGCCAUGGCAACUGAAAGAAAAAAAUCUUUAAAAAUAUUCUUGUCCAAAACCACAGAUCAUACAGCUUUUAUAUUUGGAAUGUAGCAUCAUAUAGUGGUGCUCUACCAAGAUUAUUCAAAUUUUCCCUCUAGGGUCAAAUAUGGCCCCGCCCUGUGGGUCACAUGGUUUACAUAGACUUAUAUAGAGAAAACCUUGAAAAUCUUGUUCUCCAAAACCACAGGUCCUAGGGCUUUGAUAUUUGGUAUGUAGAAUCAUCUAGUGGUCCUCUACUACGUUUGUUCGAAUUAUCCCGCUAGGGUCAAAUGUGGCCCCGCCCCAGGGUUUACAUGGUUUAUAUAGCCUUGUAUAGGGAAAAACUUUGAAAUUCUUCUUGUCCAAACCUGCUUGGCGUAGGGCUUUGAUAUUUUGUAUGUGACAUCAUCUAGUUGACCUCUACUAAGAUUGUUCAAAUUAUACCCCUAGGGUUAAAUAUGGCCUGCCACAGGGGUCACACGGUUAAUAUAGACUUAUAUAGGGAAAAACUUAAAGAAUAUUCCUGUCCAAAACCUGAGGGCCUGGUGCUUUGAUAUUUGGUAUGUAGCAUCAUUUAAUAGUCCUCUACCAAGUUUGUUCAAAUUAUCCCCGUAGGGUCAAAUAUGGCCCGCCCCAGUGGUCACAUGCUUAAUAUAGACUUAUAUAGGGAAAAACUUUGAAAAUCUUCUCGUCUUAAAUCACAGGGCUUAGGGCUUUGAUAUUUUGUAUGUAGCAUCAUCUAGUGGUCCUCUACCAAUAUUGUUCAAAAUAUCCCCCUAGGGUCAAAUAUGGCCCUGCCCAGGCCAAGGUCACAUGGUUUAUAUAGACUUGUAUAGGAAAAACUUUAAGUAUCUUCUUGUCUGAAACUGGAAGGCCCAGGUUUUUAGCUCACCUGUCACAUAGUGACAAGGUGAGCUUUUGUGAUCACGCAGCGUCCGUCGUCCGUCCGUCCGUGCGUCCGUCCGUCCGUCCGUAAACUUUUGCUUGUGACCACUCUAGAGAUCACAUUUUUUGUGGGAUCUUUAUGAAAAUUGGUCAGAAUGUUCACCUUGAUGAUAUCUAGGACAAGUUCGAAACUGGGUCACGUGCGGUCAAAAACUAGGUCAGUAGGUCUAAAAAUAGAAAAACCUUGUGACCUCUCUAGAGGCCAUAUAUUUCAAAAUUUCUUCAUGAAAAUUGGUCAGAACGUUCACAUUGAUGAUAUCUAGGUCAAGUUCGAAACUGGGUCACGUGCCAUCAAAAACUAGGUCAGUAGGUCAAAUAAUAGAAAAACAUUGUGACCUCUCUAAAGGCCAUAUUUUUUAUGGGAUCUGUAUGAAAGUUGGUCUGAAUGUUCAUCUUGAUGAUAUCUAGGUCAAGUUCGAAACUGGGUCACGUGCGGUCAAAAACUAGGUCAGUAGGUCUAAAAAUAGAAAAACCUUGUGACCUCUCUAGAGGCCAUAUAUUUCAUGAGAUCUUCAUGAAAGUUAGUCAGAAUGUUCACCUUGAUGAUAUCUAGGUCAAGUUCGAAAGUGGGUCAUGUGCCUUCAAAAACUAGGUCAGUAGGUCAAAUAAUAGAAAAACCUUGUGACCUAUGUAGAGGCCAUAUUUUUCAUGGGAUCUGUAUGAGAGUUGGUCUGAAUGUUCAUCUUGAUGAUAUCUAGGUCAAGUUCGAAAGUGGGUCACGUGCCAUCAAAAACUAGGUCAGUAGGUCAAAUAAUAGAAAAACCUUGUGACCUCUCUAAAGGUCAUAUUUUUCAUAGGAUCUGUAUGAAAGUUGGUCUGAAUGUUCAUCUUGGUGAUGUCUAGGUCAAGUUCGAAACAGGGUCAUGUGCAGUCAAAAACUAGGUCAGUAGGUCUAAAAAUAGAAAAACCUUGUGACCUCUCUAUAGGCCAUACUUGUGAAUGGAUCUCCAAAAAAAUUGGUCAGAAUGUUCAUCUUGAUGAUAUCUAGGUCAAGUUCGAAAGUGGGUCACGUGCCGUCAAAAAGUAGGUCAGUAGGUCAAAUAAUGAAAAAACGUUGAGGCCAUACCCUUGAAUGGAUCUUCAUGAAAAUUGGUCAGAAUGUUCACCGUGAUGAUAUCUAGGUCAAGUUUGAAACUGGGUCUCGUGCCUUAAAAAACUAGGUCAGUAGGUCAAAUAAUAAAAAAACCUUGCGACCUCCCUAGAGGCCAUAUUUUUCAUGGAAUCUGUAUGAAAGUUGGUCUGAAUGUUCAUCUUGAUGAUAUCUAGGUCAAGUUUGAAACUGGGUCAACUGCGGUCAAAAACUAGGUCAGUAGGUCUAAAAUUAUUAAAAUAUUUUGACCUCUCUAGAGGCCAUAUUUUUCAAUGGAUCUUCAUGAAAAUUGAUCUGAAUGUUCACCUUGAUGAUAUCUAGGUCAGUUUCAAAACUGGGUCACAUGCGGUCAAAAACUAGGUCAGUAGGUAUAAAAAUAGAAAAACCUUGUGACCUCUCUAGAGACCAUAUUUUUCAUGAGAUCUUCAUGAAAAUUAGUGAGACUGUUAACCUUGAUAAUAUCUAGGUAAAGUUGAAAACAGGGUCACGUACCUUCGAAAACUAGGUUAAUAGGUCAAAUAAUAGAAAAACCUUGUGACCUCUCUAGAGGCCAUAUUUUUCAAUGGAUCUUCAUGAAAAUUGGUCAGAAUUUUUAUCUUGAUAAUAUCUAGGUCAAGUUCAAAACUGGAUCACAUGAGCUCAAAAACUAGGUCACUAUGUCAAAUAAUAGAAAAAACAAUGUCAUACUCAAAACUGGGUCAUGUGGGAAAAGGUGAGCGAUUCAGGACCAUCAUGGUCCUCCUGUUGAUAUUUGGUAUGUUGCAUUGCUUAGUUGAUCUUUAACAAGAGUGUUCAAAAUAUGCCCCUAGGGUGAAAAGAGACCCUGUCAUGGGGUCACUUGUUAUGUGAGUUAUAUAGGAAAAAAAUACUUAAAAAUAUCGGAUCAGAUCAUAUUUCCUAGACUGUUUUAAUUAGAAUUACCUGAUGAUCCCAAGUGAUAAGGGGUCACUUGACCUUGACCUACUGACCUACUUCUUAUGUUUUAGCUCAUAUGAGCCAAAAGCUCAUGGUGGCUUUUGUGACCGCUCAAUGUUCGUUGUGUGUCAUGCGUCAUGCUGGUGUUUUGUUCUUUCGUCAACAUUUUCUAAAAAGAUCUUCUUGAAUACCACUGGGCAGAUUUACACCAGACAUCACAGGAAUGAUCCUUGGGUGGCCCCUUUUCAAAAUUAUUCAAAGAAUUGAAUUCCACAAUCUUCUUGUCCAAAACUGCAAGGCGUAUAGCCUUCAAGUUGAUAUUUGGCAUGUGGCAUCAUCUAAUGGUCCUCUAUAAAGAUUGUUCAAAUUAUGUCCCUUUGGUGAAAAGAGGCACCGCCCUGGGGGUCCUAAAUUUUACAUAGACUUAUUUACUAGGGGAAAACUUUAAAAAUCUUCUUGUCUGAAACCACAUGACCUAGGCCUAUGAUAUUUGGUAUGUGACAUUGCCUUGUGGUCCUCUACUAAGAUUGUUCAAAUUGUUAUCCUGGGUUGAAUAGAGGCCCUGCCCUGAGGUCCCAAGUUUAACAUAGACUUUUAUAGGGAAAAACUUUAAAAAUCAUCUUUUCUGAAACCACAAGACCUAGGCCUUUGGUAUUUGGUAUGUAGCAUUGCCUUGUGGUCCUCUACCAAGAUUGUUCAAAUUAUUACCCUUGGAUGAAAAGAGGCUGUGUCCCAGGUGUCGCAAGUUUUACAUAAAAUUAUAUAGGAAAAAGCUUUAAAAUUCUUCUUGUCUGAAAGUGCAAGGCCUAGGCUUUUGAUAUUUGGUAUGUUGAAUUGCCUGGUGGUCCUCUACCAGGAUUGAUCAAAUUAUGUCCCCCAAGUUGAAAAGAGGCCCCACCCAGGGAGAUCAAAGUUUACGUAGACUUACUUUGGAGAAAAAACUUUAAAAUCUUUUUGCCAAAAACUGCAAGGACUAGGCUUUUGAUAUUUGGUACGUAACAUUGCCUUGUGGUCCUACCAAAAUUGUUCAAAUUAUGCCUCAGAGGUGAAAAGAGGCCCUGUCCUGGGGGUCCCAAGUUAAAUUACAUACUUAAAUGUUUAAAAAUCUUCUUGUCUGAAAGUUCAAGGCCUAGGCCUUUGAUAUUUGGUAUGUAGCAUUGUGUAGUGGACCUCUAACAAUGUUAUUCAAAUUAUAGCCCUUAGGUGAAAAGAGGCCCCGCCCCACGGGUCAUUUUUAAUAUGAGUUAUAUAGGAAAAAAUACUUCAAAAACUAUCAAAUCGUAUUUCCUAUACUGUGAAAUCAUAAUUACCUGAUGAACCCAAGUAAUUAGGAGUCACCUAACUGUGAUCUACUGACCUACUUUAUUGUUUUUAGCUCACCUGUGACAUAGUGACAAGGUGAGCUUUUGUGAUCACCCUUCAUCCGUCGUCCGUCGUCAGUGCGUGCGUGCAUCAACAAUUUCUUGUCUGCACGAUAGAGGUUUCAUUUAUGAUUUUAUUUUAACCAAACUUGCACACAACUUGUAUCACCAUAACAUCUCGGUUCCUUUCUUGAACUGGCCAGAUCCCAUUAUGGGUUUCAGAGUUAUGGCCCCUGAAAGGGCCAAAAUUAGCUAUUUUGACCUUGUCUGCACAAUAGCAGCUUUAUUUACGAUUUUAUUUUUACCAAACUUGCACACAACUUGUAUCACCAUAAGAUCUCGGUUCCUUUCUUGAACUUGUUUGAUCCCUUAUGGGUUCCAGAGUUAUGGUCCCAGAAAGGGCCAAAAUUAGCUAUUUUGACCUUAUUUGCACAAUAGCAUCUUCAUUUAUGACUUGAUUUUAACCAAACUUGCACACAACUUGUAUCACCACAAGAUCUUGUUUCCUUUCUUGAACUGACCAGAUUCCAUCAUGGGAUCCAGAGUUCUGGCCCCUUAAAAGUUCUAAAUUUGCUUUUUUGGCUUUUGCAGCCAUUUAGAGACUUCAUUUAUGAUUUGAUUUGAUACAAACUUCCAAAAUAUCUUCAACAACCAUAUAUCUUGGAUUUCUUGACGAAUCUAUCAGAUCCAAUCAAAAGUUCCAGAGUUAUUUUUAUAUCUGAUUUCCUCCCCUGAUUGUAAUCAAAAUGGAUUUAUAUCAGUAAGUACUUAUAGGACUUAUUUGAAAUUUCAUUAUUGUCAUUAGUUGGACUGAGACAAUCAGGGUAGAUAACUAUGGACUGAUUUUAUGUCAAAUUACCUCCCUUUGUUUCAAAUUAAAAUGGGUACAUCUCCAUAACUAAUGAAGAUACUGAUCUGAAAUUUCAUUUAUGUCAACAGAUGGACUUGGGCAAUCAGUGAAGAUACAUAUUGACUGAAUUUUUGACAAAUUACCUCCCUUUAUUUUUUUAUCUAAAUGAAUACACAUUAGCAACUUCUAAUUAGAUUGGUUUGAAACGUUAUUUGUGUCUUCCAUGGUAAGAAAUAGUCAUAUUAGAUAACUCUUGAUUUAACAUUUAUCGAUAUGAAUACUUUACUAAUAUAUUGUUGUAUAGACUUGUACUUUGUAUCUUCUACAUGCGUAUACCAGUGCAUGAUUACCUCCCCUGAUUUUAAUAAAAAUGGAUUUAUCUUGGUAAAUAUUUAUAGUACUCAUUUGAAAUUUCAUUAUUGUCUUUAGUUGGACUGAGGCAAUCAGGGUAGAUAGCUGUGGACUGAUUUUAUGUCAAAUUACCUCCCUUCGUUUCAAAUUAAAAUUUAUGUACCUAAGUAACCAAUGAAGAUACUGAUUUGAAAUGUCAUUCGUGCCAUCAGAUGGACUCGGACAAUCAGGGUAGAUAACUUUUGACUGAAUUUAUGACAAAUUAUCUCCCUUUAUUUUAUGUAAAUGAAUAUAUAUCAGCAGCAUCUAAUGAGAUUGGUUUUAAAUGUUAUUUAAGACUUCCAGGGAAAGGAAUAGUCAUGUUAGUACAAAAAUGCAGCAUUUGAGCCAAGGACCUUCAAACUCGGUAUGGAAAUUGGCCCUGACUAGGUCAAAAGGGACUGUUACAAGAAAAUGUUUAUCCUGAUGAUAUUUAGUGUGUAUGCCUAUGUGCUCUAUGUCAAAACUUGAUCAUAUCAUUUUGAGCAAUGGUACUCAGGUGAGCGAUACAGGGCCAUCAUGGCCCUCUUGUUAAAGAUACAGCUUGAAAUUUGGAUGGCAUAUACAGUUUUGCACACUGAUCUUAAAACUGACCUUCAUUGACUAUAAAUGUGACCUACUGACCUACUUUCUUAAUAUUUUAGCAUCAGUUUGACAUUUGAAACAUGUUUACAGAACUUGGAAAAGAUUUCAAUGCUUACUUACAUUUGACUUUCUUACCUGAUUUUUUGCACAUGUCAGUGUAGCUCACAUUACUCAGGUGAGCAGUCAAGGGUCAUCAUGACCCUCUUGUUAAGAUACAGCCUUGAAAUUUGGAUGAUAUCUACAGUUUAUAAAACUGACUUUCAGUGUCUAUAAAUGUAACCUAUCAUGGCCCUCUUGUAUACUUAAUCAGAUUGUCUAUUGUUUGAUAAGUAUUUUUAAAUAGUGACAGGUCAUUAAUUUUGUGAUGUGAAAAGACAUCAAUAAUUUUACUAAAAAAGGUAUAUGAACCUGAUUUCAAAAAAUUAUAGAGAAGAGAGAUAUACUUUGUGUUACACUGGUCACAUUUACUUGGUCUGUUGUUGAUAAAAUUGUGUUAAUGAUUUAAAAGAAAACUUUGUGUUUCAAAUGAGUAACUUUGUACUGUUGUUGGAAUAUUAUUUGCUAAAUCUGACAAAUAAAAGAUUAUUAAACCCUGAA